UUAUUAUCUGUCCUCCCGCGGCGCGGCGCUCACAAGUGCGUCGCCGCCUUUACAUAUUCGCCGGGAAGAUUCCUUUUUAUCUCAACCAGUGGAAGGCACACUUUACAGUUCCCUUUCCCUUCUGCUCUGUUCUUCUCUGGUGCUUCGCUUCUUGUCUUCUAUUUGGGUUUCCUCCGCCCACACGCUUCCCCGUCGCAAAGCCAGCUAGCUCUUUUCCUUCGUCUUGAUGGAUUCCUGAGAGGUUCCUCUGGGUCGUCGGGCUCAUGGCGACUGUCGAGGAUCUUGGCGUCUCGGCGUUCAUCAACAUUUUGAGCGCAUUCGCAUUCCUCGUCCUUUUCGCUGUCCUCCGGAUUCAGCCCAUCAACGAUAGGAUUUACUUUCCGAAAUGGUACAUUACCGGCGGGCGCAAGAGCCCCGUGGUGUGCGGCUGCGGGGUCAGCAGGUUCGUCAAUCUCAAUCUCUCGACCUACUUGACGUUCCUCAACUGGAUACCUGGAGCUCUUAGGAUGAGUGAGUCUGAGAUUAUUCAUCAUGCUGGGCUGGAUUCCGCUGUCUAUCUCCGGAUCUAUAUUAUCGGGCUAAAGAUUUUUGUGCCAAUCACAGUCCUUGCACUGUUGAUACUAAUUCCAGUUAAUGUAUCUGGUGGUACACUAUUAAACAUCAACAGAAAUAUCAUGUUCAGUGACAUUGAUAAGCUUUCAAUUUCAAAUGUUAGUAAUGGAUCUCAAAGAUUCUGGAUUCACAUUUUGAUGGCAUACUUGUUCACAUUAUGGACCUUGUAUGUUCUCUACAAGGAAUAUGACAAUGUAGCAUUUAUGAGGUUACAUUUUCUAGCGUCUCAGCAUCGCCGAGUUGAUCAAUUUACUGUUGUAGUGAGAAAUGUGCCACAUGUUUCAGGACAUUCCAUCUCGGAGAGUAUUGAACAAUUUUUUCAAAGAAACCACCCUGACCAUUAUAUAGGACACCAGGCUGUGUACAAUGCAAACAGAUUUGCCAGACUGGUGAGGCAGAAGGAAAGAUUACAAAAUUGGUUGGACUAUAACCAACUGAAAUAUGAAAGACAUCCAGAUAAAAGGCCAACCACUAAGGGAGGGUUUUUAGGCCUUUGUGGUGAAAAAGUGGAUGCCAUCAAUUAUUAUAGAGAAAAAAUUAGUGAGCUUGACGAAAAGAUAUCAUAUGAGCGCCAAAGAAUUCUUAAAGACCCCAAAGCUAUAAUGCCUGUAGCAUUUGUUACAUUUGACUCAAGAUGGGGAGCAGCUGUGUGUGCCCAAACACAGCAAAGUAAGAAUCCCACUCAAUGGUUGACAAAAUGGGCACCCGAACCACGUGAUGUAUACUGGGAAAAUCUACCAAUUCCAUUUGUUUCUCUCAGCAUUCGAAGGCUUCUAAUAUCAAUACUAGUCUUUUUGUUGGUUUUCUUUUAUAUGAUCCCCAUCGCAUUUGUGCAAUCACUAGCAAAUCUGGAGGGUCUUGAAAGGGUUGCUCCUUUUCUAAGGCCAGUAAUUGAAACAAAGGUGGUCAAGAGCUUCUUGCAAGGUUUUCUGCCUGGUCUAGCUUUAAAAAUAUUUUUAUACAUUCUUCCAGCAGUUCUGGUAAUGAUGUCCAAAAUGGAAGGUUAUUUUUCACUAUCAUCGAUUGAAAGAAAAGCAGCAGCAAAGUAUUAUUACUUUAUGUUGGUGAAUGUGUUUUUUGGAAGUAUCAUAGCUGGAGCAGCCUUUGAACAACUUUAUUCAUUUAUUCAUCAAUCGCCUACUCAAAUCCCAGCAACCAUUGGUGUGGCAAUACCAAUGAAAGCUACAUUCUUUAUGACCUAUAUUAUGUUGGAUGGUUGGGCAGGAAUUGCAAGUGAGAUUCUUCGACUCAAGCCACUGGUCAUAUACCAUCUCAAGAACAUGUUUAUAGUAAAGACCGAAAGAGAUAGAGAAAAAGCUAUGGAUCCUGGAAGUAUUGAUUUUCCUGAAAACCUUCCAUCAUUGCAACUAUAUUUUCUUCUCGGACUAGUUUACGCAGUUGUCACACCAGUCCUCCUUCCCUUUAUCCUAGUAUUCUUCGCCUUGGCUUUUCUUGUGUAUCGUCACCAGAUUAUUAACGUUUAUAAUCAAGAAUACGAAAGUGCCGGGGCGUUUUGGCCGUUCGUGCAUGGUCGUAUAGUCGUAAGCUUGUUGAUAGCCCAAUUGACUCUUAUUGGUUUGCUCAGCACAAAGAAAGCAGCCAAUUCGACGCCUUUACUCACCGUGCUACCUGUAUUUACAAUAUGGUUCCACAGAUACUGCAAGAGCCGAUUUGAACCUGCUUUCAGAAAGUAUCCGCUCGAGGAAGCAAUGGAAAGGGACAUAAUGGAGCGGGAAUCUGAACCAAACUUGAACCUUAAAGCCUACUUAGCAGACGCAUACUUGCACCCCAUUUUUCACUCAUUCGAUGACGAUGAAGAAGAGAAGGUUGAAGUCCGAGUAGACAAAGGCCAAUCACAUCUUUCCUCGCCUUCUAGGAGUGAAAUGAGCACGGAAUCCCCUCCUCAUUAUGUCUACCAUUAUGAAUUUGAACCAUGACAAACUAACUCGCUUUACAGGACUGUCUGAUCCUUGACGUCAGAUGUAAAUCCGCAUUCGGUUUGUUGCUCGGCCCUAGCUUGUGAUCCAGCUUUCUUUUCUUAUUCAAUAUAAUGCUUCUUCGCCUUGAAGUUAGCUUUCGUCCA